GGGUCUGUGUUUAGCAAUGACCGUGAGGAUGUUUGGUGUGUACGAGUUGAAUUAAUGGAAUAAAACAUAGAACGGAAGAAUAAUGUCGCUAUCUGGUUUAGUUCGGUUUUUCAGACAAUCUCUUCAGCGUCUGGAACUCAGCUUAGCUCAAGCGGCGGGAUUUGACAGAAGCUUGUGUCCAGCUCUGGCAGUGAAUGGUCCCAGCAUUCUCCCGCAAGCCCAUAACAGCAAUAAAGAAAACCCAGAGCCCAGUUUCAUGGACAGUAUCUUUUGGAUGGCAGCUCCAAAAAAGAGACGAACCAUCGAAGUGAAUCGCUGCAGAAGACGAAACCCAAAUAAUCUGAUAGAAGUCAAGAACAAUAUUGAGCCAUGUACAGAGUGUGGCAACAUGAAAUUGAAGCAUGUUUUGUGUGGAUUUUGCUAUGAAAAGGUCAGGAAGGAGACUGCGAUGAUACGAAAGCAAAUCUCCAUCAUGGAAGGUGGACCUCUAAAUACUCCUGCUGUGGAAUCUGUUGUUUUGUAUGACAAUGAAACUCCUUCUGAUGCAGACAAGGGCAAGAGAAUAAUCGAAAACAGCAGGAAACGUCCAUAUUGGUUUAAAAUGUAAUAUAUGUAUUUACAGUGAAAUAAAGACAUACUGUUUUGUUUAAUAAAU